AUGAUACAUGGUCUUUGCAAGAUGAAAUGGAUUGGAGAGGCUCGGAAGCUUCGGUUUGAGAUGGUUCAUAAAGGAAUAGUUCCAAAUGAAUACACGUACAAUGCAUUCAUUUAUGGGUUAUGUAGGAUUGGUAAUCUCGAAGAGGUGAAGGAGCUAUACAAUGAAAUGUGUUGUAAAGGUUAUAAAGAGACCACAGUGAGUUGCAACACUAUGAUCAGAGGGUUGUGUUUGCAUGGAAGAACAGAGAAAACUCAUGUGUUGUUUGAAGAAAUGGCUGAAAAGGGAAUUGCUCGUGAUAUUAUCACGUACAAUUCUUUGAUUCAGGGUUUCUGCAAGGAAGGGAAAAUAGAUGAAAGCAUAAAUCUUUUGGCUAAACUUUUGGAGAAGGGUUUGCAGCCUUCAGCUGCCACGUAUACUGCGCCCAUAGAAAAACUUUGUGAGAUGGGUGAUGUGGAUGAAGCAAAAGAGUUGUGGGAGGAUAUGCUGAAAAGGGGUGUGGAACCAGCAGUAUGUACCUGUAAUUUCACCAUAACUAGAUUGAGCAAUAAAGGGUAUGUAGCCAAGGGGAUGGAAUGGUUGGCUGCAAUGUUGAGACGUAACCUAAAACCGCAAAAGCAAACUUUUGAGUGA